AUGGCUGCGAACAACGCCAAUGGCGUCCCGCACCGUAAACCCUCGCUCCCCCCAGUCUACAUUGUCGCAAUGGCACGAACACCUGUGGGAUCUUUUCUUGGCUCGCUGUCCUCACUGACCGCACCUCAACUCGGCUCUCAUGCCAUCAAAGCUGCCCUUGAAAGAGUUCCGGAGAUCAAGCCGCAGGAUGUCCAAGAAGUCUUCUUUGGAAAUGUCUUGUCCGCAAAUCUUGGUCAGAACCCCGCGCGCCAAUGUGCUCUUGGUGCUGGCCUAGACGAUUCUACAGUCUGUACCACGGUCAACAAGGUCUGCGCAUCGGGGGUCAAGGCCAUCAUUCUCGGCACGCAGACAAUCAUGACCGGAAACGCCGACAUUGUUGUGGCCGGUGGUGCAGAGUCCAUGUCCAAUUGCCCCCACUACCUUCCCAAUAUGCGGACCGGAGCCAAAUUUGGGAACCAAACAUUGGUCGAUGGUGUGUUAAGAGAUGGAUUGUCAGAUGCAUAUGGGAAGCAAGAACAUAUGGGUCUGCAAGGCGAAGAAUGUGCUACGGAUCAUGACUUCAACCGAGAGCAGCAAGAUGACUAUGCUAUUCAGUCGUAUCAACGAGCACAAGCGGCACAGAAGGAUGGCCUCUUCGAUUUUGAAAUUGCUCCUAUCCAGCUGCCUGGUGCUCGAGGGAAGCCCGGGGUCACAGUCGACAAGGAUGAUGAGCCCAAGAACCUCAACAUCGAGAAGCUCCGCGCAAUGAAGCCUGCAUUCAUCCCUAAUGGCGGCACAGUGACUGCUCCCAAUGCCUCGCCUUUGAAUGAUGGCGCCGCAGCUGUAGUACUCGUCUCAGAAGCUAAGCUGCAGGAAUUGAAGAUCAAACCACUGGCGAAGAUCCUGGGCUGGGGUGAUGCUGCCAAACAACCGAGCAAGUUCACCACCGCCCCAGCGCUUGCCAUCCCGAAGGCCCUGAAGCAUGCUGGCAUCAGCCAGGAAGAUGUCGACGCGUUUGAGAUCAACGAGGCUUUCAGCGUUGUGGCACUUGCUAACAUGAAGCUGCUCGGUCUGUCUGCAGACAAAGUCAACCUUCACGGUGGAGCCGUGGCCAUUGGUCACCCACUAGGAGCUUCGGGGGCAAGGAUUAUUGCAACAUUACUCGGUGUUUUGAAGGCGAAGAAAGGCAAGAUUGGAUGCGUUGGCAUUUGCAAUGGCGGCGGCGGGGCGAGCGCGCUGGUCCUCGAAUCUUUGAUGUGA